GAAAAAAAAAAAACAUAUACACGUGGCUCUACACCCAAAAAAAGAAAAAGAACUUUAUAGUAACAUCAUUACGAAUGGCACGAAUCCGUAAAUCAGAAUUUGUUUCACUACAGUACAAAAAUCCCUGUCCAUGGGAUCAGAGACUCUCUCAUCUCAUUUUUUUAAUCCAACGGUUCUCAUUCAUUCAGUACAUUACCCCUGAAACCGCCUGACGAUUGGUACCUCUCGACAAACAGUCGACAAAAACACACAUACUGUAUAUAUAUAACAGAAUCGCCUUCGUUCCUCGUGUCGCCGCCUUUUCUACUCACCCAAUCAUCAUAUGCCACGUGUAUAACCUUCUUUUGUAAUUCUCUUUUCUUUCUCACCAUCACCCAAUCAUUAUAAGCCACGUGGAUAUUUCUUUUUUAUUAAACGCUUUGUUCUCAUCUUCUCCUCCUUCAUCUCUCUCUGAUUUUGCUUUACGCCGGAGAAAGGAAAAAAAAUGGAGAUUUCAGCUUACGAGUUCGACUCGCUCACUGACUUACCACCGCUUCCACAAGAGUACAAACCAAACAUUGACUACUCCAGAAUCUCUCUCGAUUCCUUACCACCGUUUCCUCCUUCCGAUUUUGCUCCCUCCUCCGACAACCACCACCACCUCCUUGACUCCUCCUCUCUCUCUCUUUCGGACUCGCUCUUCCUCGACUCAACUCUUUCUCUCCUCAACCGUCACCACCUCGCUGAGUCAACUCGUUUGGAACAGAUCUUUUACGAGCCGACUCGUUUCGAUCAUCACCUCUUUCCUAACGACGCCGCCGCACCGUUUCUUCACUUGCCAGAUCUCAAAUCCAUCGAGCAAACAACAACCGCCGUGGAAGAACCGAAGACGAUGAAGCUCUUUCCAUCUCCUUCUCGUCCUGCUCCUCUUCCCGCCGCGAAACGUCAGAGGAAGCUUCACUCGUCUUCUUCUUCGACAACCUCCGGAUCUCCAACAGCGUCCUCAUCUCAAAACGCAAACGACGUCGUUGUCAACAGACGUACGAAGAUCUCAGACAAGAUCAGAACAUUGGAGAAACUUAUGCCAUGGGAAAGAAAAAUGAGUUUAGCGAUGAUUCUAGAAGAAGUUCACAAGUACAUCAAGUUUCUCCAAUCUCAGAUUGCUUCACUACGUUGGAUGCCUCUCGAAUCCGUCUACAACACCGCCGGAGAAGUUGGAGAACCCAAUCUGCUUAAAUCUCUGACACGUCAACAGAUUCUACAGGUUCUCGCGAAUUCCCCAGGCUCACGAAACGUGCUCUCCACUCGCCGUGUUUGUGUCUUCUCUUACGAACAGCUUCUCACGCUCAAGGCAAUGUCUAGAAACCUCUGAAACUUAAUCUCUUGUUUUUUUUCUUUCCUUUUCUUUACGUUUUCUAUCAUAGAAGCUACAUAGCGUUUUAAUGGCGGUGACAAAAAAAUCAGAGUUUUUGAUACAGAGUUCAGUAUUACGCCAUUGUUUUUGAGUUUCAA